CUUCAUAGCCAUAGCAACUUCCAUCUCCUUCCUCCUCCUCUCACCCCCGUCAAAGUCCUUUUAUCAUUCCUUGUUCUUAUCUGAUUCCCUUUCAUGCAAUGAAUCAAUAGCAAACCACCUCUACAUCCUAACCAAGCGGCCUCAUGUUGCUGGGUCCGAAGCCAAUGCCGAAGCAGCGGCUUAUGUUCUAUCCACCCUCACUUCCUAUAAGGUUCGAUCACAUAUAACAACCUAUGAAGUUGCCUUGACUUAUCCCAUCUCACGUUCCUUGACCCUAAAACCUACUCCUCAAGACAGCCUCGUCAAGUUCGAUCUCCACCAAGAGAUUUACGACGGUGAUCCUUAUGCCGACGUGGCAGACGAAGUCCUACCGACGUUCCACGCAUAUGCCAAGUCUGCCACUGUAGCUGGACCUGUAGUAUAUGCCAAUUACGGGCGCGUACAGGACUAUGCUGUAUUGAAGCAAAUGAAAGUAAAUGUGUCAGGGAAUGUUGUAUUGGCAAAGUAUGGAAAGAUAUACAGAGGGGACAUUGUGGAAAAUGCUUAUGCAGAAGGUGCUAUAGGUGUAUUAAUUUACACAGAUAGGAAGGAUUACGGUGGAGGAGGUGAUGCAAAAUGGUUUCCUGAUGACAAGUGGAUGCCUUCAAGUGGAGUCCAGGUGGGAUCCGUGUACAAUGGGGCCGGUGAUCCCACUACACCUGGCUGGCCUAGUUCAGGGUUGUGCGAGAGACUAUCAGAUGAUGAUGCGGAGAAAGGAGGAGAAGUUCCAUUGAUACCAUCAUUACCUAUUUCAUGGGCUGAUGGUGACAGAAUCCUGAGGUCCAUAGAUGGACAAGUGGCAAAUGACGAUUGGCAGGGAGGGAAAGAUGCUCCUGUCUACAAGGUUGGGCCAGGACCAGCAAUUCUGAAUCUUAGUUAUACUGGAAAGCAAGUUAUAACCACAAUCCAAAAUGUUAUUGGAAUCAUUGAAGGUGUAGAAGAACCUGAUAGAUAUGUCAUACUUGGGAAUCACCGGGAUGCAUGGACAUUUGGAGCUGUUGAUCCAAAUAGUGGUACAGCAGCCCUGCUUGAGGUUGCACACAGGAUGUGGAAGCUCCAGGAAAAAGGUUGGAAACCUCGGCGAACAAUUAUAUUUUGUAAUUGGGAUGCUGAAGAAUAUGGCCUGAUAGGAUCAACAGAAUGGGUUGAAGAGAACAGGGAAAUGCUAGCAUCAAGAGCUGUAGCCUAUAUGAAUGUUGAUAUUGCAGUUCAAGGAUUAGGAUUUUAUGCCUCUGCAACUCCACAGCUCGAUGAGCUACUAAUAAAAGCAACUAAGCAGGUCCAAGACCCGGAUAACUCCUCGCAAUCCAUCUACCAAUCCUGGAUUCGCUCCAGUGAAAAUCCUAAGAUUGGAAGGUUAGGAGGAGGAGGAUCAGAUUAUUCUGCCUUCGUUCAGCAUGUUGGUGUUCCAGCUACUGAUAUCUCUUAUGGAGAAGAUUAUCCAGUCUAUCACUCAAUGUAUGAUGACUUCAUCUGGAUGAAGAAAUUUGGUGACCCAAAGUUUCACAGGCAUGUAGCAGUGACAAGUAUUUGGGGUUUAGUAGCACUUCAGCUUGCUGAUGAAGAAUUUUUACCUUUUGAUUAUCUGUCCUAUGCCAAUGAGCUGCAGAGAAGUGUGGAAGACUUGAAAAUUGAGUUGUCAGAAAAGGGCAUAAAACUAUUUCCCUUAUUUAACUCUAUCAAGGAACUGAGAAUGGCAGCGACUAAAAUUGCAAACGAGAUAAAGGUGCUACAAGACAGAAAUGUUUGGGCUUCUGUAUCAAAAAAUGACCACUACAAAGUAAGAGAAUUGAAUGACAGACUAAUGAUGGCAGAGCGAGCAUUCACUGACCGCGAAGGACUUCCUGGAAGGACAUGGUACAAGCAUUUGAUAUUUGCACCAUCAAAGCACAAUGAUUAUGGUUCUAAGUACUUCCCUGGAAUAGAUGAUGCCAUCGAAAAGGCCAAGAGCAUUAACACCACAGACUUGUGGCUUGCAGUACAGCAUGAAGUCUGGAGAGUAUCUAGAGUGAUUAAACAUGCUUCACUGGUCCUCAGUGGUCAGUUAACAUGACUACCGUCAUCUUAUACCCCUAAAUUCCACGUGUGUAUUUGCUAUUAAUACUAAAACAAUUGGGUGACAUCUGGUGGACUUGCUUUAGUUCAAGACUGAAUCUGGGGAUUUUAUAUUGCAUUUUGUUUUUUUUCUUAGGUA